CUACAAUUAAGCAGCGGGAGUAUUGAAAAAUAUUUAACGAGUUACAACUUGAUAAAUUAAUCGGUACAACCAUUUAUUUUGCGUUAUAAUAAUUUCGAAUCAACUGAAUCCCAGCUCUAAUUAACACUCAAAUGAAAACAUGAUCGUAUCGUUAUAGCAAACGAAGGAAGCGUGAAAAAUGUAGCUAUAGAGGAUGGGAAGGCGCAUAAGCGUAGGCAAAAUAUGUUUCCUCGUUAUAAAUAAUAUAACGGUAUAUAAUACCGUCUAGGAUGGGCGUAGGCUCGACCAUUAAUGCCGUAUACAACAGAUAAGUCUUUCUAAGCGAACGAAUUCAGAGAUACAUUCGUGCACCGAUCUAACAUAGCAAACUAGACCGUCGAGACCCGAACUCCUUUUUUCUCUGACCUUAACUGUAGAUAACCGUAAUUGCGUCUGUCGGUACUUAUUGGGAAAACGUGUUUUAUCACCUCUCUCUAGCGAUACCAUCUUCAAUCACUACGUUAUUCGAGCGUUAUUCGAUCUCUUGCUACUGUAUUCUUCUUAACUUGAACUUCGACAUUCGAGGAAAGAUAUCGGAGAUCGAACAUUCGAUAUGUUUAAAUUCGUGUCUAAUGUUUUAAUUAUACAUUAAUUAUCUUUAUAUUUCUUAAUACUAUAUGAUUAUAUAGUUUCAAUGUAAAACAGUUAACCUACUAAUUUUUUUCUUCCUUAUUUUUUUUUUUUAUCUAGAUCUUAAAAUUUUACGAAGGUUAAAAGAAUUGACGUGAAAAGUUUUUUUUUUAAAAUAUGAAAAUUCACGUGUCUCUUUUUUGAGUAAUGAGUCCUCUCUAAUUACUUUAUUUACGUCUUUCGAUAAUACAUUUACGUAUUUUUGAAUAAUAAUUAAUGCUCACUAGUUAUAAUAAAAAAAAAAAAAAAAAAAAUGCCAUAAAAAUAUUAAGAAAAUCAUGAUGUGAUUCAUGUAUCUAUUAAAGAGUAUUAAAGUUUAUUUAAUAUCUUUACGAAAGUUUAAAAUACUUGGAUAUUCGAAUUAUUAAUAUCUUUAUGAUACAUAUCUUUAUAAUGACGGACAUACGUCGAUAAACGACAAAGUGAUACCGUUCAUUUAUGAAAAUUGGAAUAAAUGUAUGCGAAAUUUAUAGGUUAGUCGGCAAAACGAUUUACUGGGCGACACCUUGUUGUUGUUCCACUUAACGGUGAUCCUGCUCCGUCAACUUUUUAACUCUCCGUUUAAUUCGCUGCCUUCGGCGAAGGGCAACGCAUUCACCGCGUUCUCUUUUCUUCCGACAUUCUGGUAAAAAGAAAAUCUAGGUCGAACAACAAAGGUGGAAAAUUUAUAUUUCCGAUCGGUUUUUCGAAUAAUUUUAUACCUCGUAUCGACAUUUUAUCGAACGAAAAUCACAUUUUAUACCGACUUGGUUAAUCGAAGCGUGACGGAAAAUGAAUUACAUGGAACAAGACAAGAUAUUAGAAAACUAUAUAAAAACAGUUUGAUUGCUACAUUGACAUGCUUUCUAGCGGACAGCUCUUUCUCUCAUGGAAGCUUACGUAAUUCUCAACCACGAUCUCCCCAUAUGCUGUCUACAUACGUAUACGCUGCGCCAAACCACGAUCACACGGGUAUUAUAGAUAUUAUAGUACGCUUUACGUAUCCUUUUUUGCGCAUACGCUCUUCAAGCGGAAUCGUAUCUUCAUUUUACGUAAGCUCGCCAGGAACGCCCAUUCAGCUAAGUCUUUCCCCGUUUCACUGUAAUUUUCGAACAAUAUCUUUUUAUGGUGCCGAUUCACUAUGCUUCCGGUAUAAAACCUUGUAAUCUUUGGAUUCUUAUUCACGAUAUUCAUCACGUGAUAAUUUUGAAAACGUUCAAGCUAAAUCGUGGAGAAGAAACUCGCGUAGACUCCACACAAAUGAACCACGGCGAAACGUUUAUAAUCGAUCGUGGCGCGAAGCGAUCGACGUGAAAGGCUAUCGAUCCCAUCUGAGAACGUUGCAAAACAACGAUGACCCCUUCUCCCUUCCCUUUCCUCCAUCAUUUUAACACAGAAGCUAACACGUACACCCGACGAUUCGAAAGCAAAAGCUUCGAUUUAAUUUCGGCUCGAAUGAUUUUCUCGCUCGACCACGAUCCGCUACUACCGUGUAAUAAUUAUCAUUUCUUUCUCCGCUUCCUUGUUCCCUACAUUGCGCAAGCAUCCGGAAGGAGGCGAUGUUCUUGCCGCUUGAUACAUGGUUACAAGUAUCCGUUCAGCCCAGGUCAAGCGUGAAUCUGACCCAGAAGAAUCGCCGUACACGUUGGAUCCAUCCUGAUCCAUGGAUUAAACAGCAGCCAUGUUUUACGCUUCCUACGGAGACGACGAGUCCCCGCAUCGAGAAAGGUCACUGCCUCGCGUGAAAGGAACGAGCUUUCAUUCACGAUACGAAAAUACGCAAAGGUUACGAUUAUGGUUACGGGAUGAAAAUGAAGUUUUGCCUUGAGUGUUGCGCUUCGAUAAAUUUCCGAAGCAAACCGAGAAACGAAAAUAAAGAUGAACCGAGAUAAAUUGUGUCGUAAAAAUAGCACGUAGUAAGUAAGAGCGCGUAAAUCUGAUAGUGCAUUGUAUACAAUCGAAGUAGGAAGGAACGAAACUAUUUGAAAUUUAUAAAUUAUUCUUAAGUAGAUCAUAUAAAUAAACAGGAGCUCCGGUUCCACCUUGUUACCAAUGUAACAGAGUUGAAAAAUCCGACCGCUUUAAUCUAUAAUUAGGAUCAGAUUUGGAAUAAUUGUUGGAAAAACGAUGGAUGAUAAGGUACGAAAGAAAGAAAACGAGCAUUUACUAUUUGGUAACUUUAUGAAUCGUAUCGCUAUAUACGAUAUAAUAAUUGCGAGAUUCAUCUCAUUAGUACAUUCAUAACGUUUUCUUGUUCCCGACAUUGCACAAGAAGCCGGAAGCGGCUACGGUUUCUUUUCACCGAAUGAUAUACGAGUGCAAUCACUUAUCGUGUGUACCGAACGGACUAAUCCAUUUUGACCAACAAGACGCGCAAUGUUCUUCCCAUUUCAUCUAUUCGAUCCGAAGAUAAUAUUAUCUUCCUAAAUUAAUUUUUCCACGUUAGCGUUUUACCGUAUUCCAAUAUAAUAAAACUCGAAACCUGUUAAUCCCGCUACGAGAUACACACGCAUUGGCUAUUAAUACUCGUCAAAUACAAAACUCGAUCCGCGACCAUAGUCAAUAACCUCAUCCAUUGCUUCAUAUUUCGAUAACUUUUUAUAAUCUCUAAUUACGUAAUACGGCAGUGCAAUUAUCGUAAAUUAUCGGUUUCUUGUUAUUCUUCGUUCCUUACUGCAACGAAUGGGGGAUUAUAUUAUCGAUGGCGAGAUUGAAAAGUCUCGAUUAAAAUCAAACCGUACGUUUCAAGAUGAACGAUGAAAGAUGAAGUUAUUCAAAUUUACAAUAUAAAAGAGAAGAAACACUCGUCUCGAAUUAAAUUAUGUAUUUUAUCGCGUUUAUUCGCGUCUGACAUCGCGAAAAAUGCUGACGAAUGAGACGGUUGCUACAAAUAAUAAAUCUCUCAGUGAAAAUAACGUUUUUCUUCGAGGUUUUCCUGCUUCGUUGAUCAAAGAGGUCUUCUCGCGUGCUUGUUACAGCGCAGUCGCAUUUUCAGUCAAGAAAAUCAUGCUUCUUGCAGAAUUCUAUUUCGUACCGGUAUUUGAUUACCUUUCGUUGAAGAAUUAUAGUAAAAUCAAACAACUGGUCUAACGGAUUUCAUCUUUCUAUCUUCGAAGCUAAUAAACGCGUCUCGCAACUUUUUCGUUAAAUUCGCCACAAAGAUCGUGGAAUAAUCUCUCUCUUGUGUUAAAACCGAACCGAAUCCAUCCGACUUGCUCGCAGGAUGCGAAUUACGCGCGAAGGAAGUAUCUAUUUUGCGAGCCGUCUUAUUAGCGUUGCUCGAAGAAGAAGAAGAAGAAGAAGAAGAAGAAGAGUUGGCUUGGUAUUUCACCUUUUACCUCGAUGCGCCGGCCAAUCAAGACGAUGCCUGUAAAUCGAGGAAACUAAAUAUAUAUGAACGCGGCAUCCUUUACCAAUCAUUCGGCAAAUUUACGAACAACAAUUUACUUUCUCUCAGAAUGCAACGAGCAAACGAGUUACGAGAUCCGUGUUUCAUCUUUCUCAUUUAUCUUAUUCCUUUUCGUGGAAUGAAAAUUAUUAGUUGGUCGUCCUGACUCGCGUCACGGUCAAAAUCAACCGAUAAUUUAUCUUAUCGUUUAUCUCGAUCUUAACACGCGUAUCGAUCUUUAUCAAGAUCCAGAGAAGUUUCUACCGAGUAAUUUUAAAAGAUCCCACGAUCUGGUCUAUUAACCCAUUCAAGAUUAUGCGAUGAAGUAAUGCGUAAAAGUUGCGUAAAAUCAACAUUAGCUCUUAACAUUUUUCUCAAGGAAUAAUAAUUUCAAGGUUUCUUAGAUUCGAUCUUUCAAAAUUAUCGAAGAUAUACAAUUCGAAAAAUAUGACAUUUGACAUGUAUCGUUGUUGUGAAAAUUUAUUAUGAAAAUUUUUAAAACUUAUUCUAAUGUAAAUCGAGUCGAGAUAUUCUUUAUCGGCAUAUUCAAGGUUUCGCAUUAAUUACUUCAGUUUAAAAAAAAUAUAACGAACAUUACCGAAACGUAGUGUUUAAACGCUAUCUAAACUAUCCAAAAUUCCUAUUUAGAGGGAUUUAAGUAGAAUUUCUGUAAAAAAAAAAUUUUAAAUACAGUUCUGUUCAAAAAUCGCUCGUUCCAUUAUAGUAAAAGGGGUUUGGUUGAUGGGUUAUCGAAACUGACCCAGUGAAUCGACCCUCUUCCCCCCUCCGUUUGCUAGUAUUCGGCGUGACCUAGAGUGCACCGGUGCGACGUAGGUCGUGGCUUGACCCACACACGAUCCGUGAAUCCUUCUGGACAUCGGUGGCGACCGCGAGGCGGGAUAUAGAAGAGGUUGGUUGGAGAGAGGCGAUGCUCACACGUGCACCUCGGGGCAUUCACGAGUUGGCAGUCGGCUGUUGAAACCCGCCCGGUGAAUGCCUCUCCAGCCUCUCCUCUGCACGUAUUUUUAUCGACCUUUCGAUACACCCAUGGGGUUCGCGUACACCGAGGAAUUUCCAACCUAGGGAUGAAUUAUCGCGCGCGGCUAAAUAAUUCGUCGAUGCUUGGCUCGUGAAAGGAGGAAUGCGAUCGAACGUUGUUGAAAACAUUGAGCGUUGUAGAAACGUCGACACCAGUGACGCGUGACAUGGACAUCGAAGAAAGUGAAAUGUGAAUCUAUCGUACGGACAGGAAGCUAUCGGAACGGUCCCUGAACUCUGCUCGUCGAGUUUCACUCGAUCUUCGAAUCGAAUUGCCACAAUUUUGCACCAUGUUCGCGGAGAGAAAUCCAGUGUAAUUAAAACGGCGACACGCAUCGGCGAGGAUCUCAUGCGAGACCGUUUGAGCGAUUGAAUUGUGCGGAUAUUAUGGUUAAACGAGAUUGUUUGUGUUCGUUCGUUGUAAUGGUAGACAUUGUGACCAGCAUACCACUAGGUGAUCGUUAGACCGUGAAUUUAUUUUGAAGCUUGAUCGAAGAAGGAAUAUCUGCGAGAAAUGCGAAAUCGUUACAGUUUUGGAAAACGAUUUAAGAGAAAACAGAUCUGGCGCGGUGCUACGACUAACUGUUUCAGGAAAGAAAGAGUGCAAGAAAUUGCCUUAAACGGAAGAAAAAUGUUCUCCUUGUUUUGAACUCGUAACGUAACAUAAUAACGGUUUCGACGAUUUUUCGCGUGUCAGUGGAUCAGUAGGUUCUUUAUCCGUAUCGUUUGAUUGGCUUUUUGUAAAAAUUCGCGGAUGAACAUUCCACUCCACGUAUUCAUCGAUUAAUCAAUUUCUGUUUUUCACAGCCCAGCAUAACGUUUAUCAUUCGAACAUAAACAAAUUGAUUUGUCCGAGCGUUCAUUAGAUUCUUAUCGCGACAAAUUGCUGUGGAGCAAUAAAACGAUGGUGUCGAUUCGAUUCGCGCGGCACGGCGCGUGAAUCAUUCGAAAUUCACAUUGGGACGCCGUUAUAUUGCGAGAAAAUUUGCACGAUGAAAGAUCUCUAAUGUGCCACACAAGAAGAUGAAUGGAUGGUCGCGACAGGACGCGUUUCGAAGGAACUUGUUCUUUUCGAGUGCGCGAAUAGGGGCCGUACAUGAUGGCAGUGCACGACGAACAAGUGUGGGAAUAGUCGAGUCACCGGCUACAGUGACACUAAUCACGUUAACGACACAAGGAUAAUAUGUCGCGUGAAACGCAGCAAGGACACGUGUACCGGUAUCAGUAACGAGACUUUAAUUGUACGUGUUCGCAUCGAGCGGUUCUCGUUUUAAUGGAAGAAAUCUUAAUUAAAUGAAAAUUGAAAUUCAACGGGUACUUGGAGAGUGGAUGCACGUCGAUGUGCAUCGUUAAUAUUACAUAAUCAAGUCCUACUCGUACUUCUGGUGAUUAGUACAAAUAUAGGAUGAAAACGUAAAAAUCGCUUAAACGAUCUUGAAGUCAGAAGUUGAAGAAUAUCGAUAGCUGACAAAAUGGGAAACACGAGAUCGCAACUUUGCCGACGAAGCAAAUCACCUUACCUUCUCUACCUUAUCCAUAGAACGUGGAGCAUUGUGACCGAUCAUCGGAAAGAUCAAACUCGUUCCGAUGAUACCGAUCGAGAAACUGAUUUAUCAUCGAGAUGCAGUGGUUGCAACAGAUGUGAUUUCGGACAAGACAGUCUUACAUUCGACAGUGAGACGGACAUGGCUCCGAACGCGGAGGAGGAGUUGUUGGUGGUGAAGCCGUGGGGGCCUCAACCGGAAAAGGAACGAUUAAGACCACCUACGUACAACGCCGAGGACUACGCGAUCGCUCUGAGACGAUGGGGAAGACGUCCAUUAGGAAGUGUUCAAGACUCGCAGGGUACCCUGCCGUCGACAACCAGUUCGAGUUCCGGUUACGCUUCCGGAAGCGGAGAGAUGACCUUGAGACAAUUCACCUCGGUUAGCGAGCUUCUGAACAAGCUCAGAGCCGACCUCAGGCUAGCCUUUCCAAGCUUUGUUCAGGAAUUCGCUUCACCGCCAGCUGAUGGGAUAACCUUGUUGCUCGAGACGCUUCGCGGUGUCCAAUUGGCCCAAAGUUCACCACCCUCUUCCGGCCACACGGGCCCAAGAGUAGGAACCAGAAGAGCCGCUUUGGACGAGUUGGGUUGUGUCGAGUGUCUGGCCGCCUGCACCGAACGAUGCACCGAUGCACCGAGGCUCCUAGUGCAAGCUCAACCCGGUCUUCUUGCUCUGGCAGUUUGUCUGACUAGUAGCUUGAACCGGUCUCGAGUCCUAGCUCUCCAGUUGUUGACCAAGGUAUGUCAAACGCCAGGUGGUCACGCGGUAGUUUCGGAAGCUGUCUCCACCCUUAGGUUAAAAUAUGGCGAAGGUGGAAGAUUUCGUUUCCUGGCUGGCGCUCUCUUGGCUCCCAGAGCAGCGAUUGCACUGAGAGUGGCAGGAGUUUCGUUCCUUAACGCCUUCCUAAAGUCUGCACCGCGAACACAAACCAGAUUAUACAUUCAGGCCGAAGCCUGCGAAGCUGGUCUAGAGCCGCAGGUCCUUCAAGAAUGGCUGAAAGAAUUGGACGGCAGGGAAGAGGAUACUUUGAACGAUCUUCUACAUAAGGAGGUUCAGAAAUGGUCGCACAACUGCGUGGACGUGGACGCCCUACAGCGACGUGUCGUACGUGCCGAGGAAACUUGUAGGAUACUGAGCAAAAAGGUUUCGGCUCUGCAAACGCAGCUUCAACAAAUGCAGUUGGAGAAGUUGAACAAUUAUAAUAACCUAGAGGAGCGUGAGAAGUUGACGAAACAGUCGCCGAAAAUGUCCUCGAACGCGGAAGACGAGGGCAUCAGCUCGUCGGAGAGAUCGAGUAGCCCGGAGAAUACGAAGCAUCAAUCUCGAACGAAUCAAAAAGUAAACGUGUCUCCGGAUAAUGAUCAGGAAACCACGAUCGAUGACGUGAUCGAAGAACUGAGGAUUAUCGUGAAGGAUGCGGAAGAAGAGAUCGGGGAUAAAAACCGGGAACAGAAUCGAAUAGAUCACGCGAGUCCGAAUUUUUAUAACGAAAAUUCUUCGAAAAUUAAGUUACAUAGAACCGAUUCGAAAGUUUCUUUGAACAAUUCCGACACUUACAUUUACGACAAGGUUUUAAAGAGAGAUCAUCAAACGGAUAUCAAGAUUUCUGUGUCGAACGCGGGCUCCAACAUGUCUCAGAGUGUGAUCAAAGGAGAGCAGGUGACUUAUUUUGGUAACGAUCGAGAUUAUAGUAUAGAUUCGAACAGUGAUAAAAGAAUGAAUGGCGAAAAACGCAGAGUUUCGAAAUCUUCCUCGGUGGAAGGAAGCGUGAAGAUCGUUGUGAAGGGACCUGAAGUCGAGGAAGCAAUCGUUCCAACUAUUCUACAUCCUCAGCCACCUAGAAGAUCACCGCCUUGUUUGUCGGCUAUCAUGGCAGUAAGGCAUUGUGACUUUAUCGAUCAAGAAGAGCCGUUCAAUUCUCACGAUGAAGAUAUAGAAGACGAAACCUUGGGCGAUGGUAGUGAUUCUCUCCUUAGCGCUUCUCGACUCAAGUACAACAGUAAGAACCAGACUUACGAGGAACGGAUUAAAACCGAGGUCGAUCAUUUUCAAAAACAGUGUGAUAAGAAAGAAACGGAGAAUAACAAUGAUGGUAAGAUGAAGAAAAGUUUCAACGAUCUUCGACGUUUCGGUGAAAGCGAAAUAAAGGAUAAGAAAACAACGAGGAAUUAUGAAACAUCGUGCAAUGCGAAAAACAAAACGACGAAUGACUGUAAAUCGAACAACAGGCAAUUGGAUGGUAUAUCCCAAAGACAUAAUUCGAAAUACAGAAGCGAAGUGGAAAAAAGAAAGCUUCUUCGUAGAUCGGCUAGUCACGAUUACCUCGAAUCAAGCGCUUCCAGUUCGCGAUCGAAAAGAUCUAAUAAAAGCAGAAUAGAAAGUCACAUUAGGAAAUUCGAGAGUCUGAAUUCCUUCGACGAGCAUCGAAGUCUCCAGAGUUAUGAGAGACACGGUAGCUCGGAAAAUCUAAGCAAGCAAGAACAAUUCUUUGGAGAAGAGAAUUCGAGGAAUAGAAUGCGCAGAUCAGAAUCCUUUCACCAUGUAUCUUAUAUCGCUAAAAAAGACCAGUGUUCCUCGCAAGGUGGAAGCGACAGUGGUUUAUUUUAUGUCACAGAUUACAAUCUUGAACCUCUAAUAACGCGAAAACCAAAAUCCAUUGAGGCACCAAAAUCUCCUAAUCUAUUAACCAAAUCUUUGGAUAGAAUUGAUGAAGGUCUGGAUUCGAUGAUCGAUAUUGUGAUCAUGGAAGAGAAAAAUCAAUGGAAUUCGAACAAAUAUCAAUCCAAGAAGAAGUCUCGAGAAGAAAGGACACUCGUUAAAUCGAAAUCGAAUAGAUUAGAAGAAUCAAAAAGUUGUUGCGAAUUGGAAUUCAAAGGGAGGAGAGAAGAAUCAAAGAAUAAACAUUUGAAAAACGAUGAAUUUUAUUCCGGACGUGUAAGCAAUAAGCAAUUAAGAAGUGAUGAAUUGUACGAAGAACAAAGAAAUCGAGAAUGGAAUAAGCUAAACUCUUCAAAUAAAAACAACGAAUUAGAUUUUGAUUGUACUCCAAUGAUACUAAUAAAGAAUGGAGUGAGACACAAUUCGUUCAGUCAAAAUGAAAAUAUUGGUAAUAGAUUUUUAAAUAAAUCAAUGGAUUCAGGGAUUUUCGCUGGACGAACUUAUGAUACAUUUGGAUUAGGAAAAAGUCGAUUUAAUGCUGGAAAAUAUUCGGGAAAUCAACAACAGAUAAAAGAAAGUCCAAUUGGAAGACGAAACACGGCUUCUUCUGCAAAUGGAAAUCGUGCAAAAGUUACUGAUAUUGUUUCAGGGCUUUAUUAAAAGUAAUUUUUAAAUAAUUAGGAUUAGAUCAUCUAGAUCCUGUUCAUAUCCUCAUAGCCUACGAGGUAUUGUAUAUACUAUAUAAUAGAAUAUAUUCUUGUAUAGAAAUCAUUCUAAAUGUUUUUCUUUUUUUUUUAAUUUUUGAAAAUAUUUCAUAUUUUUUUUUUAUAUUCGAUAUAUAUAACUAUCGAAAUUAAAACAUAAUAUAAUUAAGUUUUUUUAAUUUAUCUCAAUUUGAACGAAUAUAAUAUUUCAGUGCAAUGUUAUUAAGUAUUAUGGGCGAAGUUAAUAAUCUAAUUUAUAUUGUAAUUAACACUAUUGAUAAAUAUUUUAAUAUGAUAUAGAUAAAUAUUUUGGUGAUGGACCAAUUAUACAAAUGUACCAAUUGCAAAGUUUUUUAUGUGUGGACUGUGCAAUAUAUUCUUUUUUAUAUAUAAGGAAUACCUCUAUAAUUAUAUUGAGUU